ACAAAGCGUAGUACAAAGCUUUUGCUUCUUUUUCUUUUUUACAUGAAUUGGGGUGUCAUGGCAGGCCAUUUGGGUUGGGGUAUAAUAGAAGAAGAGGGCUGGAGGAAGGGUCCUUGGACUGCUGAGGAAGAUAGAUUGCUUAUUGAGUAUGUCAGGCUGCAUGGUGAAGGAAGAUGGAACUCUGUUGCUAGGCUUGCAGGGUUAAAAAGGAAUGGGAAGAGCUGUAGAUUGAGGUGGGUGAAUUAUUUAAGACCAGACCUCAAGAGGGGGCAGAUAACCCCUCAUGAAGAGAGCAUAAUUCUAGACCUACAUGCUAGGUGGGGAAACAGGUGGUCCACAAUUGCAAGAAGCUUGCCAGGAAGAACUGACAAUGAGAUCAAGAACUACUGGAGGACCCAUUUCAAGAAAAAAGCCAAAGGUCCUUCUGAUGCCUCUGAAAAGACAAAAACCCGUCUCCUGAGGCGGCAGCAAUUUCAUCAUCAGCAGCUGCAGAAACAACAGCAGCAACAGCAGCUGCUGCAGCUGCAGCAGCAGCAGCAGCAACAAGUGCUGCUGAAUCAAGUGGACAUGAACAGGAUCAUGGCCUUGCUCGACGAAAACGACCAUAAGGCCACGCCUCUCCCUCAAGUGAUCAGGCAAGAAAUGGACAGUAGUGCCGUUUAUCCCAACACCUAUGAGGAGCAAAGCUAUUUUUAUUCCUUGCUCAACAGCAAUGUGCCUGAGGCCUCAAACGAGGACAUUAUAUGGGAUGGACUGUGGAUGGAUGAUGUACAUGUCCACGCCAAUUUCAAUAUUGCAGCCACUGCCACAGCCAAAGCUACUCUGCACAAUCUAGUUCCCUUUUGUUAAAAUUUCAUCACUUUCAAUUUUCUUAGCCCUACAUAACAACUUGUCAUCAAACGAGAAGGCCCUCAACUAGGAGCUAGCUAGCUUUCUUCGGAUUGACAAACAUGUCUCAAGCUUGGGUUGUUAAUGAUGCAAUCCGGGACCAAAUUCCAUGAUGUCUUUUGUCAAUAAAGUGGUCCAAAAACGACGCGUGUAACCUGUUAAUUAACUUCAUUUAGGGUUGCUUUAAUUGUUGUCCAUUAUGGCAUUAUUAGACAAGCUCGAUCUCGGAAACUUUAUGUGUUACAUAUCAGCUUUAUUCGCGU